AUGCCUUCCGAAACGACCUCCGAAUCCCGAACUCAUAACGACUACACUGUGGGGUGGGUUUGCGCGUUGCCAAAGGAGCGGAUCGCGGCGACGGCUAUGUUGGACCAAAGGCAUUUGGAGAGUCUACACAACCCACCAAAUGACCACAACUCGUAUACCCGAGGAUCCGUCAACAACCACAACGUUGUCAUAGUCUGUUUGCCUAAGGGCCAGAUCGGCACCAAUCAAGCAGCGACUGUUGUAGCUCGCAUGGUCAUUACAUUCCCGUCUAUCAAGUUCGGCCUCAUGGUUGGCAUCGGCGGCGGUAUUCCACCCCAUGUUAGACUAGGCGAUGUUGUCGUCAGUUCACCUACCAAUGAACAUCCUGGAGUGAUUCAAUGGGACCUUGGCAAGGCCGAAGAGGGUGGCAGUUUCAAGCGAACCGGAGCACUGAGCCCUCCCCCAAGCGCCCUGCUGACAGCAUUGACGACCUUGGAGACUGACCACGGUAUGAAGGAGUCUAAGAUACCCGGGUAUUUGAAGGAUUUGGCAAAGAACUGGCCAAAGCUAGCGCCAGAUUAUACGAAGUCUGACUCCCUCAAAGACGUUCUUUUCAAACCAGACAAUCCUCAUCGCAGCCAGAGAAGCUGGCAUUUCACAAUUACAACAGUCUGGAAAUCGAUCAUCGCAUUCUUUGUCUUCUUUUUGGGCUGGUGGAUUGUUGAGCCCACUGAGAGUGCCACUGAGCAAGUGACAAGCACUACGAUCAGCACUGCAUUUAGUGGAGGGCAGGAAAGUGAUGUUGGGGCCGAUGGAGACGACGAAGAGACGGACUGCCGCUUUUGCGAUAUGACCAAGGUCAUAAGAAGAAAGCCGAGAGACACGACUGUGCACUACGGCCUGGUGGCAUCCGGUAACCAAGUCAUCAAGGACGCCGCUUUCAGGGAUAAACUCAACGAGGAUCUUGGUGGCCAAGUUCUCUGCGUCGAGAUGGAAGCGGCGGGACUGAUGAACAACUUCCCAUGCAUCAUCAUCCGAGGAAUUUGCGACUAUGCCGAUUCACACAAGAACCACUCCUGGCAGGAAUACGCAGCAGCUGUAGCAGCAGCGUUUGCGAAGGAACUUCUGGAAUAUGUACAGCCAAGUGACGUGGAUCGAGAGCGGACAGCGAAGGAUAUCAUCAAUGAGGUCCAGCAAGUGAAACAGGCACUCGGGAAGGUCAAUGAGCAUCUUCAGAAUGAAAAAGAUUGCCAAGUUCUUGAAUGGCUCACAACCAUCAAUUACGGUCCUCAGCAAAGCGACUAUCUCAGGAAAAGGCAACCGGGGACUGGCCAGUGGCUUCUAGACUCAGCUGAGUUCACGACAUGGGCGGAGACAGCCCAGCAGAUGUUGUUCUGCCCCGGCAUUCCAGGAGCUGGAAAGACGAUCCUCACAUCGAUUGUAAUCAACGAGCUUACUACCCGUUUUGAAAACCAGGAAAGCGUUGGAAUUGCAUAUGUUUACUGCAACUUCCGGCGGCAACACGAGCAAAAGGCUGAAGAUUUACUCGCAAGUCUGUUAAAGCAACUUUGUCAGGGCCAGCCUCUGCCAGAGAGUGUGAAGUCACUUUACCAUCGCCACAAGGACAAGCAUACGCGGCCAUCGUUUGACGAGAUAUCGAAAGCCAUCAAUUCUGUGGUUACUCUAUACUCUAGAGUAUUUAUCCUUGUCGAUGCACUUGAUGAGUGCCAAACAUCUCAGGGCUGUCGGAUAAGGUUCCUUACAGAGAUCUCUAGCCUCCAGCUCAAAUGCCGAGCAAACAUCUUCUCCACGUCGAGAUUUCUUCCAGACAUCACAGACCAGUUUAAGGGCAGUAUAUCGCUAGAAAUACGCGCCAGUGAACAAGACGUGCGGAGGUAUGUUGAUGGCUAUAUGCCGCAGCUGCCAUUAUGCAUUAGAGACCAUCCAGAACUCUGCAAGGACGUCAAGACUGAGAUUACUAAAGCUUCGGCCGGCAUGUUUUUGCUUGCAUGGCUCCAUCUGGAAUCAUUAACUGGGAAGGUAUCCCCCAAAGAUGUUCGAGCGGCACUAAAGAAACUGCCCACGGGCGGUUUGGAAGCGUAUGAGCAUGCCUACAAGGGUGCAAUGGAGCGCAUAGAAAGUCAGUCAGUCGACCAGAAACAGCUUGCGAAGCGGGUCCUCUUGUGGAUAACCAGCGCAAAACGACCCUUGACUACAUUGGAACUCCAGCAUGCGCUCGCAGUAGAAGUUGAUGAGCAUGAACUCGACAAAGAAAACCUGACACACAUUGAAGAUAUGGUGUCGGUAUGCGCUGGGUUGGUCACCAUCGAUAAGGAAAGCAACAUUAUCCGACUAGUCCACUAUACGACACAGAAAUAUUUUGAGGAAACACACAGUCAUUGGUUCCCGACGGCUGAAACUGAAAUUGCAACAUCGUGCAUUGCCUAUCUCUCCUUUGUGGCCUUUGAGGGUGGAAUAUGUCAUUCCGCCAAAGAGUUCCAACAGAGACUACAAUCGAAUCCUCUGUACAAUUACGCUGCAAAAAACUGGGGUUACCAUGCUCCCGAAACUGCAAUCUUACCUCGCAACCUUAUGGACUUUCUGGAGUGCGAGGCCAAAGUGGAGGCGUCAUGUCAAGCACUGAUGGAUGAUGAGCGGGACCCUUGGUUUGCAAGCGACGAUAGUGCUCCGACAGGAAUGACCGGGCUUCACUUGGCGGCAUACUUCGGACAAACUCAAGUGGUAAAUGAUCUACUAAUGAAGGAGUAUGGCCUGGAUUCGAAGGAUAGUUAUAAUCGUACGCCGCUAUCGUACGCCGCUGAGAACGGGCAAGGAGCCACUGUGAGGCUACUACUCGACAAUGGUGGGGACCUAGAGUCUAAAGAUGUCAGACUUAAACGUUCAGCACUAUCGUGGGCAUCAUCUAAGGGGCACGAGGUAGUAGUCAAGAUACUGCUUGAAGGUGGAGCAGGCCUAGAGUCUAGAGAUAAUGAAGGCUGGACACCACUAUGGGAGGCAGCAGCUGAGGGGCACGAGGCAGUAGUUAAGAUACUGCUUGAAGGUGGCGCAGACCUAGAGUCUAGAGAUGAUAUAGGCUGGACACCACUAUUGCGGGCAGCAGCUAGAGGGCACGAGGCAGUAGUCAAGAUAUUGUUUGAAGGUGGCGCAGACUUAGAGUCUAGAGAUAAUAUAGGCUGGACACCACUAUUGCGGGCAGCAGCUGGGGGGUACGAGGCAGUAGUCAAGAUAUUGUUUGAAGGUGGCGCAGACUUAGAGUCUAGAGAUGAUAUAGGCCGAACACCACUAUUGUGGGCAGCAGAAAUGGGGUAUUGGGCAGUGGUCAAGCUGCUGGUUGAGGGUGGUGCAGAUAUAGAGUCUAGAGAUCGAAUGGGCCAGACACCACUAUCGAGGGCAGCAGCUGAGGGGCAUGAGGCAGUAGUCAAGCUGCUGGUUGAGGGUGCACACCUAGACUCUACGGAGGAGAAACAGGUGACAUUAUAA